AUGCAGUCUUCCUUGAAAAAGGUUUCGCUAUCAGAGCUGGAAAAGUCCUUCACCCUUGGUAUGGAGCUCUUCCUGGCCCGCUUUCCCGCCGCAGCCGGGCGGACCAAGCACGAUCCAAUCACGGCCAGAUGGUAUCUCGAAUACAACGAUCAAGGCGCUGACCUUGAAGUUGUGCAAUCAGACCAACCGCUUGGCGACGGAUGGAAAGGAUUCGACGGGAAGUUCGAUCCCGCCUUCGCACCACGACCCGUCAUGAUCACAGAUGACGACUCCACCCUCUUUGCCGUCAAGGUGACUCGCUUUUCAUGCGGUUCUCUUACCCUCAGUACCAGCACACAUCACUGGCUUGUGGACUUUGUCGGGUACAUCGAUCUGAUGGAACAGUUCGGUCACUGCGUGUCCUUAUUCUUCAGCGAAGAGGCAAAUGCAGGCAGAAGUCAGGGCAACGUUCGAUUCGACUGGUCUCGCGAUCUUCUCAAGUACGCCAAGCAGGUCAACUCUGACCCUAUCCCAACCGAAGUUUGGUUCAACGAGCGUGGUCAACCACCCCAAAUGACAAGGCCCCCCUCCGGUUGUCGCUAUGCUUCACUCCUCUUCACUCCUUCUUCUCUGAUCAACCUGAAGGGUUCGCUUGCAGAGUGGGCUUUGACCGACGCCGUGCAGGGUGAGUCCGGUGGCGUACUACCUUCCAAAGAGAAUUGGAUUGGCACCAACGACGCACUUCAUGCCCUUCUCUGGGCCGCCAUCACUGAUGCGCGUAGCCUCGAGUCUAACGCUGUGACUGGCUUGCACUUACCCCUGGAUGGGCGCAGACUCCUGAGCAGUCUUGCAAAGCCGGAUGAAGCCAACGGAAAGUACAUCGGCAACGUCCAUCCAGGCCAUGUCUUCCCUCUGCCCGCCUCCCGAGUCUCUUGCAGGGACAGAUCCUCUCUCUUCCACCUGGCCUGGCUUAUCCGGACUCAAUACCUCAGCUUGACACCCGGUCAGAUGUCGUCCAUCAUCCGCUACCACAACUACGCCGAGUCUUCGUCUUUCGGCCCCGGCCGUCUUCCUCGCAACACAAGCAUGUUCGGCAACGACGUAACCAUAUCAAACAUCUCUCGCCUUCCUGUUCGAGAGCGGGUCCACUUUGGAGACAUGAUCGGCCACCCCUACACCCACACUGUAAUUGGGAUGGUUCCAGUCACGCUCAAUGGAUUGACGCUGGACUCGGCCGAUGGAACGUGCUUCAUCCUUAAAGCACCUGGAGAAUGGACUUCGCACAAGGAGGCCAAGCAACACCAACCUAUUGCCGGUCAGGAAGAGAAGGAACCGGGUGUGGUAGCGUACGUGGGCAUGAGAUGUGAAGAGAUGCAGGCUCUCCUCAAGAAUCCGUUGAUUCAACAAUUUGCGGUCGUUUUGUAG